AUGGCAGGUACAGGUCCAAAGCUGACCCCGCCGCCUUCGCCGCCAUCUCCGGCGGCGUCAUACUACGAUAUCAGCGACGAUGAAGAAAGCGAGUACAACACCAUUGCGCAUUCUAGUUCAGGGAGAGGUGUGAAGCUUUUGUUCUCAAAAAGCAAGGUGUAUGUCCAUCCUACUCCCUCUGCGAAAGACAACAUCCCCGGUUUCAUUGCGCUGUUACAACAAAAGCCUGUAACCGUACUGGCACGUCAUAAUACAUCAAAUAAUACCUCCGAAUCCUCCUCACGCAGAAAUGAUGCCUCUUCCUAUCUCCUCGCAUGGGUCCCUGAAUCUGCUAUGGGUGACGCUUACAGCACCUAUGUAAAAGUUGACCUUUCCGACAAUGAUUCUCCUCCUCGUCAGACCUACCUCGUCCCGGCACUUCCUACGAUGACAACAUAUCAAGACUCGAUUGGCAUGUAUGCCUUUGCAGUUCCACUCUCCGAGAUAUAUUCUUUAUGGGUGCGUCCGCCAAGCCUUGGCUGGUGGUAUGGGAGUCUAGUCAUCUGUACAAAGUCUGGAGACAACUUCCCGGCUCUAUUUUUUCAUGAUAAUGAGUGUGAGUCUACGAUCUUGCAGAAACGAAGGAUGACUCGGGAAAGUUUCGACCCGUUCUCGGCAGAUGGUAGCAUGUUUUGGGGUGGGGAUGAAGUUCUGCGAUGGGUGAGACGGUAUGCGGACGUUCAGCGAGCAGGUGCUGAUCCGAGCAAAUAUCUCAUCAAUCCAUCGGAGGAAGAUAAGCUUUCGUUUGGUCGCUCUCUUGGGCCUCAAGCGGAUGCUGCGAAAAGCGCAUCCUCAACCCAACCACGACGUGAUGCGGCCAUGGAUCCCUUCACAAAAGCUCUAAAAGAGACAAGGUGGAAAGUCCUGGAGGGACUCAGUCGGAUAACAACUUUCACAAGACGUACCGCAAAUGACCUCGCUGAAAAUUCUAUGAUCCCAACGCAAGUGCGGCGAUUAAUGAAGAACCCGGAAAUUCAAACUCUGCAAAACGAAUUUGAUAGCGCGAGGAUCUACCUUGCAAGAUGGGCAAUGAAUAUUGCUGAACAAAGCGAGCGGGAAAGGAACCAACGUAUAUGGACGGCGCAGGAUAUGCUUGGAUCUGAGGACAGUUCUGUAGGAGAGUUUGAAAUCCUCGAGCUUGAAACGGGAACAAUGUCGAUACAGGAACGCCGGAAACCAGUGACGAUACAAGAAUGGAACAGUUGGUUCAAUAGUUACGAUGGUCGUUUGCAGAUUACUGUCGAUGAGGUUAAAGAACGGAUAUUCCAUGGCGGCCUUGAUCCCAACGACGGCGUCCGCAAGGGAGCUUGGCUCUUUUUAUUGGGUGUUUAUCCUUGGGACAGCAGCGCAGAUGAACGAAGAGCUGUUGUGAACUCUCGCAGGGAUCAAUACCUAAGAUUGAAGGGCGCAUGGUGGGAGAGGAUGGUUGAUGGAGACACGUCAAGCAAGGAAUUUGAGUCGUGGAAGGAGCAAAAAGCUCGAAUUGAAAAGGACGUUCACCGUACAGACAGGACAAUUCCAUUAUUUUCAGGAGAAGAUAUACCUCAUCCUGAUCCCGACUCUCCAUUUGCCGACGCGGGCACAAAUGUCCACUUGGAGCAGAUGAAAGAUAUGCUUCUAACCUACCACGAAUUCAACCCCGGACUGGGCUAUGUUCAGGGCAUGAGUGACCUACUUGCACCGAUUUAUGCGGUCAUGCAAGAUGAUGCAGUCGCCUUCUGGGGUUUUGUUGGUUUCAUGGAAAGAAUGGAGCGGAACUUCCUACGAGAUCAAUCAGGCAUGCGUGCUCAGCUUCGAACAUUGGAUCAUCUGGUUCAACUCAUGGAUCCUCAACUUUAUCUUCACCUUCAAUCCGCCGACAGUACAAAUUUCUUCUUUUUUUUCCGUAUGCUUCUUGUGUGGUAUAAGCGCGAAUUCGAAUGGGGCGACAUCCUUCGAUUAUGGGAAACGUUGUGGACAAACUACUACUCCAGUAGUUUCCACUUGUUCAUCGCAUUAGCAAUCCUCGAGAAGCACCGAGACGUUAUCAUGGACCAUUUGAAGCACUUUGAUGAGGUUUUGAAAUACAUCAACGAACUUUCAAAUACAAUGGAGCUCAUCCCUAUCCUUACACGCGCAGAGUCACUUUUUCGUCGCUUUGAACGUGUAGUACAAGCCGUUGACAAGAAACACAACUUCCCAACACCCAGCAGUAUCAGCACCGGGACUGAAUCGAGGUCUCAAACGGGAAAGCCGCCGUCACAGCCUGGAAAUGAGACCGGGCCGGAAAAGAAGGAACAGGUUAUAUCACCCGAACUUCGCCAAUUGCUAAGUCGAGAGAAUAUAACAGUUGCUUCAACCAUUCAAGCAGAACAGGCUGGUUCAAGCACUGCCGCAAAGCCGUAGUACACUUCACUUCAUAUAAAUAACAACAAGCAUUGGUUUUUGCAUUCGGCGGUAUGGGUCUGGCGAUUAGGGAGUAUCAUCAUUAGGCGUUUUUGUUCUUGUUUGAUAUUUGUUCUUCGGUGGGCGAACUAUCUCUGAUAAUGAUACGAUUUAUGUUACUAUAAUGUUAUUGAUUUACAGCUUCCAGGUUC